AUGGAUUUUGAUUUAAUGGCAUAUUUCGUUAACAUCAAUCAACAAAUGAAUUAUACAAGAAAUAAUUUUCAAAGGCCUACUUACGAUGCUUUUGCGUUGACAGAUAGACUGUUAAUGAAGAAUUUUCGGCUAUCAAAAGAAUUAACGCAGUAUUUGAUUAAUAUAUUAAAGCCGUACAUUGUUGUCGAUAGCCGAUUAUCCUCUAUCGAUAUUCAAACAAAAGUUUUAGUAGCUUUAAAUUUUUUUGCUACCGGGUCGUAUCAAACGUCAGUUGGCAAUAGUCGAUUGAUGAAUUUGUCACAGUCAUCUGUAUCUAGAUGUGUAAAAGAAGUAGUUGCUGCAUUGAACCAGCCCGAAAUAUUUAACACUUGGGUAAAAUUUCCUAGCAAUAUUCAAGAGCUUGAUGAAGUCCGUAACGAGUUUUAUAAAAAAACUGAAUUUGCUGGUGUAAUAGGCUGCUUAGAUUGUACCCACAUAGCCAUUGUGUCUCCUUCAAAAAAUUUGAAUCUUGUUGAAAAUCAAUAUCCAGAAUAUAUGUAUGUAAACCGCAAGAGUUACCAUUCAAUUAAUGUUCAGCUAGUAUGUGAUUCAAAUCUAAAAGUACUGAAUGUAAGCGCACUGUUUCCCGGAAGUACUCACGAUGUCCACAUAUGGAACAACAGCAAUGUUUCAAUCAUGCUCGAAGAACUACAUGCACAUAAUUAUAGUGACUACUUUUUAUUAGGCGAUUCUGGUUAUCCGUUACGCCCAUGGCUUCUAACGCCUAUUGCUCAACCAACCACAGCAGCCGAAGAAAAUUACAACAAAAACCAAAUGUAUGUAAGAAGUGUAAUAGAAAGAUGCAAUGGAGUCCUAAAAAUGCGGUUUAGGUGUCUUUUGAAGGACAGAGUACUCCAUUAUAAGCCAGAAAAGGCCACUGCUAUAAUUAAUGCAUGCACUGUUCUACACAACAUGUGUAUCGAGCGCAAUAUUGUUGAAGUGAUAGAUGAAACUGUAGAAGAUUUUGAUUUGGGAAUGUAUCACAAUCAAGAACCACUCAAUGAACACGUGAAUGAUAACCGUAAUAGAAAUUUGAUGUUAGGAAGAAGACAACGAGACAGAAUUGUAGGGUUUCUUCAAAAUCGAAAUUUAAUACAACCAUAA